UCAGAACUGCGGUCUUUAUGACUUGAAGCAAACAUCAGCAUGCAACCACAGAGCACUCGGACCGUGUAAGGAUCCAGCACGGAGCAGAACACAGAGAGCAGCCGGGCCUCUCUCCGAGGGGCGCCGAGUCACCCCGCAGCCUCGGCUCCUGGAGUUCCGCCGGCCAGCGGUUCACGGGUGUUGGGCUCCCUUGCUAGUUGCCGUGGCUACGGGCACUGUCCUCUACUACUGCGUGGCGGGGCUGGGGAAGCACGAUGGAGAACAGCCUGGACUUGGGCGGCCCUCGAGCUCUCUCCAACGUGCGCCUGUAUCCAAAGGCUGCUCUCGGGUAAGCCGGGUCCCGGCUACGGUCGACAGCUCGUCCGCUCCAAGCGCUAGCGCUGCUCCGACUUCUCGCGAGAUUUCAGACCGCCUCUCCCGCCCCCACUCCCCACGGCUGGGCCCGCAGCUCCCGCUAUGGCUGCGCUGCGGAGGCUUCUGUGGCCGCCGCCUCGGCUUUCGCCGACGCUCGCCCCUCAGCAGCCAUUCCUCUCGCCAUGGGGGCGGCCUGCGGGGACGGCUCCGGGGAUGUCGGGUCGGCCCUUCUCCGGCCGGGAAGAGGACGAGGGGGCCGUAGCGGAGGCGGCGUGGCGGCGGCGGCGCUGGGGUGAGCUGAGCAUCGCGGCGGCAGCGGGCGGGGGGCUGGUCGGCCUUGUGUGCUACCAGCUGUAUGGGGACCCCAGAGCCGACCCCUCGGAGCUAGUGGCCCCAGAGCUGGACGAAUCGCCCCGCGGCAGGGGGCUGCUGCCCAUCCCGGUGGCUGCUGCCAAGGAGACGGUUGCUACUGGCAGAGCCGUUACUGAAGACUUGGACCUCUAUGCUACAUCUCGAGAGAGACGGUUUCGUUUAUUUGCAUCUAUAGAAUGUGAAGGACAGUUAUUCAUGACUCCAUAUGAUUUUAUUCUGGCUGUUACAACAGAUGAGCCCAAAUUUGCUAAAACGUGGAAGUCACUUUCUAAACAGGAAUUAAGUCAGAUGCUUUCAGAAACUCCACCAGUUUGGAAGGGAUCAUCAAAGCUUUUUCGAAAUCUUAAAGAAAGAGGUGUGAUUUCUUACACGGAAUAUCUUUUUCUUUUAUGUAUUUUAACAAAGCCCCAUGCAGGUUUUAGAAUAGCUUUCAACAUGUUUGACACUGACGGAAACGAGAUGGUGGAUAAAAAAGAAUUUUUGGUGCUUCAAGAGAUAUUCAGGAAAAAAAAUGAAAAGAGAGAAACUAAAGGAGAUGAAGAAAAACGUGCAAUGCUGCGUCUUCAACUUUAUGGAUACCAUUCUCCUACUAAUAGUGUACUUAAACCAGAUGCUGAGGAACUUGUCUCCAGAAGCUACUGGGAUACCCUGAGACGUAGCACAAGCCAGGCGCUCUUCUCAGACCUUGCAGAGCGUGCUGAUGACAUCACAAGCUUAGUAGCAGAUACUACACUUCUUGUACACUUUUUUGGAAAGAAAGGAAAAGCUGAGCUCAACUUUGAAGAUUUUUAUAGAUUUAUGGAUAAUCUACAAACAGAAGUUCUAGAAAUAGAAUUUCUUUCCUACUCUAAUGGAAUGAAUACUAUCAGUGAAGAAGAUUUUGCCCAUAUUCUUCUACGGUAUACUAAUGUGGAAAAUACAUCAGUGUUUUUGGAAAAUGUGCGCUACAGUAUACCUGAAGAAAAGGGUAUCACAUUUGAUGAAUUCAGGUCAUUUUUCCAGUUUCUAAACAACUUAGAAGACUUUGCAAUAGCUCUCAAUAUGUAUAACUUUGCAAGCCGUUCUAUAGGACAAGAUGAAUUUAAACGUGCUGUAUACGUAGCUACGGGACUGAAACUUUCACCACAUUUGGUGAACACUGUCUUCAAGAUUUUCGAUGUUGACAAAGAUGACCAAUUAAGUUAUAAAGAAUUUAUUGGGAUUAUGAAAGACAGACUCCACAGAGGGUUCCGGGGUUAUAAAACAGUCCAGAAGUAUCCGACUUUCAAAUCCUGCCUGAAAAAGGAACUUCAUAGCAGAUAAAUCCUCCUAAACAAGAAUUGGAAGAAUAUAAUCUAUGUGACUAGGCAAGGAGCAAGAUUUUGAGUGGAUCCAAUAUAAAGUCAGAGCAUGCAGAAAAUAAAAGGAAUGUGGAAUGCUCUGAAAUGUACAUCUUUUUCCUUGAACGGAGUUUAUCAACAUCAGAGGAAAACUUCGUCUUGUAACUACAAGCAUUAACGGGGACUGAGCCCGAGCACCACCAGAGAAACCUGCUGCAAACACUGAGUGUAAUCACUGAGCUUUCGCCUUGACUGACUGCUCUGAACUCUUCAUUCCCUAACAUGGGUAGUCCCGAUGACCAUCUGAGAAUAUUUAGAUUGUUUAUUUAUUAGAAACGUCCUUUAUUUCAGAAUAAUUUAUGAAUGAUGACUAUAGAUGGAAACACAUUUCUUCAGUUUGCACUGUGAGCGUGUGUUCAUACAGUGAGUAUUGCUUCAGGCUUGUCUUGGGCCCUUCAUUGUUGUAAGUAUUUGUUAUUUAUCUUGUAUUUAAUUAUACUGAAGUAAUUUCAGAAAACAAGUGAGAAUUUACUAAGCAAUAGGAUGAUGGUUUACAUUGUACUUUCAGCUUUUAAAAGUACUUAUGUAAUAUACAUUGUUGGAUUUAUGUAAAUUUUUGUUUUUGCCGUUCUUUGUGUGUCUUGUCUUGUUUUGUUUUUGUACCAAAGCCAACAGGAAUUCAGGUAUUUUAUUUUAAAAGAAAUUUAGAUUUUCUUUCUAAGAAAACACAGCAGCCGUGUGCUGGUGUUAGAAGCAAGAAGAGUGGUAGUAGUAAUCACCAUCGUGAGGUUCCUAGUCACAGGAGUGACAUGGAAACAAGAUCAGUAACAUAGUGGAUAUUAUUAAUAUAUGUUAGUAGCAUCAAAACUAAUAUAGUUGGCCUAGAAGGUUGAUGUAUAUUUAUUUGAUAGAAGAUAAUGUUUUGUUUCUUGAAAAAAGGACCACAUGCAAAAUUGAUCCAAACAGUCAGUAGUGAUUAAUCAUUUAUAACUAAUCCAUUACAUCGAAAUAAUAUGUCUUAAAAGAGAAAAUAAAACUUUCUCUUGAAAAACCCCACUUGAGAGACUGGCCAGCAUGGGUCACAACUCAAAGUCUGCCUGGGCUGUAGUGUACGCUCAAGCCACCCUGGCCACUUAGAAGAAGAAAAAGUGUAGCUUAGUGGUGGAGGGUUUGCCUGCCAUGUGUGAGGCCUCAGGUUUAAUUCCCAACUCUGAAAAAGAAGGGGAAGGGGAAGAAAGAAAAAGAGAUCCUAGAUUUUCACAUUGAAAAAUAAUUUUAGAAUAUUUAAUAGAACUUUGGCUACAUGAUAAAACUGAUUUAUACAAGGGUACUAUAAAUAACGCAAUGAGUUUUAAGCUAAUAUAUUUAUGUAUUGCAUGUCAAAAGAUUAAUAGAUUGAUUUAUCUUCUUUUAUAAGAUGUACAUAGUAUAAAUUGCAUACACUCCAACCAUUACUUUGCUUUUGCAUCGGAAAAUAGGAAACACUGGCUUUAUUUUAAGUUAUUGAAUGUGAAAUUGGUCUGCAUCAGCCUAUUUGUAAAAUGUUAUUUUUGUGUUAUUAGUAUUGAUUAUGUUUUUAGACCCUUCCACAUUCUUUGUCUGAUAUUAUUUAUUGCACCAAUAAAGAAAUAUAAAUAUGCAAAUGCAGUAGAGUUAUACUUACAUAAUUUCACCUGCUACAUACACAUUUAUCAUGUCUUAGGCCUAGAUUGUUCUUAGUAAUACAUGGUGUAUAAAAUCAUUGAAAAAAUACAAAUUAAUCUUUGUCUAUUAGGUAUUUUAUUACACAUAAUGGAAACCUUGUUGAUACGGAUUAAAAGUUAAAUAACCUAUUCAAAGAUCCUUUGUAAGUAUGUCAAUGUCCCAAGAAAAUAACAUAAUAUAUUCACAGCCACUGUCCCUUAUUGCUUUAUUGUGAAGCUGUUUAUAUAUAAGGUGGCAAAAUAAUAUAAAAAUGAGGGAAAUAAAAUACUCUGACCAAUUAAUAAGGUAAGAGAAUGGUGAGUGACAGUGGCUUCCCUCUCAGCACUCUUAAACUUUUCUGCCUAUAUAGUAGAGGUAGGGUAUGGUUAAGUCAGUUGAAGUAUUUUUGAAUGUUUUCAAAUAAUGCACUAAAUUCACAAAUGUUAGCUUCGAAUUUUCCUUCUACAAAUUACACAAAUUUCACCAACAUUAACCUCUGCAUAUAAUUUUAGUGUUAUGCUUCUUGAAGAAAGCCUACAUGGUAAACGGUAUUUGGUACUUCUCAGAAUAGUUUAUAAUAAAUUAUUUUAGCCUAAAAUCUGAUUGUUACUACAAAACUUAAUUGUGAAGCUACAUCUUAAUUGUUAUAUUAUCUUAAAAUAAAUUUACAUUUUGAAUCAA